ACGAAAUGGUAUAUUUUUUUCGUGCUCAUGAUGUAAUCACGGGAUGAGAGCUGCUUCUGAAUCUUCGCGCGAUCGAUGCGUCGCGCUCGCACCUUGGCCUCAACGUUCAUCUUGUCCGCCCACGCUGGUCGAGCCCAUCUCGCGCGCGCUCGCCAAUGUUGUCGCAUUUGGCAUCUCGUUGUUCAUCAAUCGCGUUGGCUUCUCCGUCUCCGCCUACCACCAUGUCUAAUGUUUUGGCAUCGAUCGAAGAGGCUCUAGUUAGCGCCAGCGCCAUCGCCAACAAGCAGAUUCAUCGCGCUGUCCAUGCCCUCGACGAUGAGGCGGCAUCUGCCGUUGCAGCGAAGGCGCACGCGCUCCGCCUGCUCGAACAGCAGAUCGACGAUGCCGCACGAGAAACAUUCGGCAAGCGAGUUCGAGAACAGCUCGCUCUGCAUGAUGCCCUGCUCGCGCCAUGGCGCCGCCUUCCCCCGGAAUUGCUCUCUGCCAUCUUUCUCCUCGCAGUCCCGGACGGUUGGGAAGACAUGUACGCGAGCAAGAGGAAUCGGAAGCUACGCCUUGACCGCGCCUGCUAUCAAUGGCGUCGGAUCGCCCGUUCGACUCCGCUGUUAUGGUCGAAUCUUCUGUUCGACAAUUACUACAGUCCUCUCCCGAAGCAUAUCACCGCUCUGAAGGACGCGCUCGAGAAGACUGCUCAGGCGCCGCUGAAGGUGACAAUCAGGCUGGACUGGUGUCCCGACGUGGGCCGGGUCGUGGGGUGGAGCGACGAAGCUUGGGCGCUUUUCUGUCCCGAGUCGCACCGAUUGACGAAGCUAUGGCUCAAGGACAUACCAUUCGCCGCUUUCGACAAGCUGAUGGGUCGCGAUUUCCCCUUGCUGGAAGACCUCACUAUUCGCUGUGAGGACCAGUGGUGCCGUUCCGCCGGUCUUUAUGAUGUGCCUCUGCGGCCCUUCCUGCUAGCCCCGAGGGUGUCGCGUCUUCGCAUCUACCAUGUAGGGCCCAUCCGGUUGCUUACGCUACCACGAGCUUGGAAACUCACCAGGCUCAGCGUGAACGCUACAAACACCAGCCUUACUACGAUUUUAAGUGUCGCCGUGACCUGCACCGCAACCUUGGUAUCACUGCACGUCGGCGGUGAGCACCAAUUUGGAGCUCCUUUGGGAGCGCUGCCGACGGGAUGGGGAUCGCCCAGGUAUUUCCCCCGUCUCGAAGAGCUAUACCUUGGAGAUGACGCCAACCGCCUAUCCCAACAUGUCCUCGUUCCCAAGCUCCGCAUCCUGCGCCUGACCGCAGAUCCUUAUUGCGAACCGAAGCCCGAAGAGUCGCUGCAGAAUAUACUUGAUGGAUCUGAGGGUUGCUCGUCUCUGGUCGGUCUAUCGCUCAAGUGCUACCAGUUCGUGUCCUUCUCUCACCUUGACGUUCUCCUCCGGCGGCUACAGUUAUUAGAGCGGCUGUAUCUCAGCGACGACGAGUAUAUCUAUGACCGGGUGCUAAGUGGCGUCGUCUCGCGGGAACUCAUCCAUGCGCUGGCCCGCGACGAUGACAAUCCUAGCUCCCUGACAUUCCUGCCCAAGCUCGUCUACAUCGAGCUCGAAUACGGUGAUCUCGGUCGCUCGAACCAAGGCAGCGUGGAGCGCAUCUACACUUCGAGGCAAGGUGACAGAGUGGUGGAUGGCACUCGGCUUUCCCCUCUAAGGCAACUGGUUGCUGGUGCUGGCAUGCGUCGCAGCUGGCCUGACACGGGGAAGCGUGACGAGAAGGGGGAAGAGGACGAGGAUGAAGACGGGGAAUGCGGUUGACCGCGUGAUAUCGUCCGAGUGAGAUAUUGCACGCUCGUAUCUCAGAUCGAAGGUAUGGGAGGUCAUGGUAGGCAUGGAUAACCAGCAAUUGCAAUUAGGCUGUACAAUUCUUUACGAUGUCGUCUUGAGCGCACUGAGGGAAACAAUGGGCGCGGGUUAUUUACCCUUUUUGGAACUCA